AGGCUGUCGGUUCUUGCGGCGCCGCAAAAACAACCUUAUUAUCCUUUCGAUGGAGAGUCAGGAUGGAACGUUUCCUCGCUUUGUCCCGCUUUAAUAUAAUUACACACUGCACGUAGAACACGAACUCGUGGCUGUAGUUUGAGUUUAUAGGAGUUUAACCCAUUGUGGACUAAUUUGUGGGAAAUUUUUAGAUGAUGGCCGCUGAUGUGGAUAAAAGUAAUGCUGUGGAUCGCAAGGAUGAUGAUCUUGAGGAACACGCGUCUCCAUCCAGCACAGUCGCCCGCUCACGUUUCAAGCUCUUUACCUUAUUCAUGAUAGCUGCUGUUCCUUUUAUUGCCUUUUGCAUUAGAUAUUACCAGGACAUCCAGUUGCUAAAACGACAUGAGACUGCACUGAAGGCGCUAGGAGCUGAUGGGCUCUUUUUCUUUUCAUCCUUGGAUACUGAUCAUGACCUCUAUCUCAGUCCAGAAGAAUUCAAGCCUAUUGCAGAAAAGCUUACAGGUGUGGCACCUCCUAUAGAGUUUGAGGAGGAGUCACCACCUGAUCCAAAUGGAGAGACGCUGACCCUGCAUGCUACAAUGCAGCCAUUACUGUUCGAAAGCAUGACUAAGAGCAAAGAUGGAUUCCUUGGGGUUUCUCAAAGCUCUCUUAGUGGGCUGCGGUCAUGGAAGCGCCCAGCUGUUCCUUCUGCCACAUUUUAUGCCAGUCAGUUCAAGGCCUUCCUGCCUCCAAGUGGUAAAUCUGCCCUGGGCGACACCUGGUGGGUCAUUCCCAGCGAACUCAAUAUCUUCACCGGCUACCUACCCAAUAAUCGUUACCAUCCCCCUACACCACGAGGCAAAGAGGUUCUGAUCCACUCUCUACUGAGUAUGUUCCACCCGCGACCCUUUGUGAAAUCUCGCUUUGCACCGCAAGGAGCAGUGGCCUGUAUGCGGGCAAUAAGUGACUAUUAUUACGACAUUGCUUUCAGAAUCCAUGCUGAGUUCCAGCUAAAUGAUGUCCCAGAUUUUCCAUUUUGGUUCACUCCUGGCCAGUUUGCUGGUAACAUCAUCCUCUCCAAAGAUGCUUCUCACAUCAGAAGCUUUCACCUCUAUGUGCCAAAUGACAAAUCUUUAAAUGUGGACAUGGAGUGGUUAUAUGGAGCCAGUGAGAGCAGUAACAUGGAGGUGGAUAUUGGAUAUCUGCCCCAGAUGGAGCUUAGGGCGGCAGGGCCCUCCACUCCCUCUGUAAUCUAUGAUGAGCAGGGGAAUGUGAUUGAUAGCCGAGGUGAGGGAGGAGAGCCCAUUCAGUUUGUAUUUGAGGAGAUUGUCUGGAGUGCAGAGAUCAGCAGAAAAGAAGCUGCAAGGGAACUGGAGGUCACAAUGUAUCCAUUUACAAAGGUGCCAUACCUGCCAUUUGCUGAGGCCUUUAGCAGGGCUGAUGCAGAGAAGAAGCUGGUUCACUCCAUCCUCCUCUGGGGAGCCCUGGAUGACCAGUCAUGCUGAGGUUCGGGGCGGACUCUUCGGGAGACGGUUCUCGAGAGUUCGCCCAUUUUGGCCUUGCUCAACCAGAGCUUCAUCUGCAGCUGGUCUCUAGUCAAAGAACUAGAGAAUCUACAGGGUGAUGAGACGAACCUGGAUUUGAGUAAAAAGGCUCGCUUACAUUUGGAAAAGUACACCUUUCCAGUGCAGAUGAUGGUGGCACUGCCCAAUGGCACUGUGGUCCAUCACAUUAAUGCUAACAACUUCCUGGACCAGACAUCCAUGAAACCAGAGGAAGAUGGACCAGCUGUCAGUUUCUCAACUGGCUUUGAAGACCCUUCAACCUCCAUAUACAUGCGCUUUCUGCAAGAAGGACUUGAAAAGGCCAAACCAUAUAUGGAGAAAUAAAAGUAGUUUGCUCAGAUAAUCAGUGCACAUCACAGAAGAAAUAUGAGGGAAGUAUGAAAUGGAUAAGAAGAAAUGACAGACAAACAAACUCUAUAUGGUCUCCUCCCACGUUUUUUUUUUUUUUUUUUUUGAGAAUCUGUUUGUGGAGGAGCCAUUUAACGUAAUUGGUGGUACACACACAAAUGGCAAAUUUCUCUUCAUUUUAGAAGGCAGCUGGUGACUGCAUUUUCUUUGUUCCUUAAUGUGCCAAAUUUCAUCUGUUUAAAGGCUUUGAUACUCUCCAAUAUAUGAUGCUUUGCACAAAUAACAUACUAUUUGAUUACUAGGGAACUAAGUUGAAUGUGCUGUUUGUCAUCCUAAUGACUAUAUCUGAAUGCAGUCAUAUAUUUUAAUGGUGGAAAAGUUUGCCAUUUAUGUGUGAAUUUAAGAUGUGUGUAACUUUUUGAACAAGGGAUGUUUAUAGUCUGGCAUCUUAUUAGGCUGUAUCACUGUUACAAAGCAGUUUUGACCACUUUAUAGUUUUGGUUUCAUACACUUACUGCAUCAUUUUCUGUGUGGUUCUUGAUAGCUCUGUGGGAGAUAGAACAGUGCUGGCUAUGCUUUCUUGGAUUUGGCAGUUUGUGAUGGUCUGAUCUGAAAGCCCAUCGGGGGUAAGGCCAGACCUGAUGUUGUUGUUAAAGUCUGGGGAAGCAAUGCUGACGUUUCCAUCUCUGAAUAGAAUACUGGCACCAUGCUUCUACAUGCACACAAAGCGAAGCUUUGGAUAUUGGCUAAACCAUAUACACUACUAUGGGUGCAUCUUUUUUAAGUUGUGAAAUGUAAUGAAUAACUUGACAUGCUCUCACUUCUGAUAUAUUUAAGCAGAGUAGAAGCUGGAACACUUGAUUUUUUUUAACACAAGUGUCCAUAGUAUUAUUGUCUUUGUAUGGUACAGUUGGUUUGUUACUGCAAUUGUUCAUUUUUUGUUAUUAUAUAUGCAACAACGUCCCUGUGACUGCAGUUUUGUUGAAGGGCAAUUCUGUACUUCUUUCGAAUAAAUAAUGUGCUUUUUAAA